AUGUCACAAAACAAGCCUGCGCAGCGUUACCGCGUCAAACAGGCGUCAGCCAGGCGUCAGGCCACAAACAACAGCCCAGCCACCAGUCACCAGCCAGUCAGCCAGCCAGCCAGCCGCAGUCAGCCACAGUCAACAGGCCAGCUGCCAGGCCAAGCCAGGCCAGGCCAGGCCAGACGCCAGGCCAGGCCAGGCCGGCCACAUACAGGCCAGGCCAGACACAAUGCCACCGCCAGCCACCGCCGGUACCGGGCCGGUCUCACCGGCCGGGCCGGGCCGGGCCGGGCCGGGCCGGGUCCGGGCCGGGUCAUCGGGCCGGGUCACGGGCCGGUCCGGGCCGGGCCGGCCGGGCAUCGGUCACGGCCUGGCCGGGCCGGGCCGCCGGGCCGUCAGCCGAAAAUGCCAGCCAGGCCAGGCCAGGCUCAGGCCAGGCCAGACACAGGCGUCAGUGCCGAACAGGCUGGCCAGGCCAGGCCAGGCCAGGCCGCCACACAGGCCAGGCCAGACACAAUGCCAGCCGGUCAGCCGCCAGCCGGCCGGCAUCGGGUCAAUGGCCGGUCAUCGGGUCAGCUCGGUCAUCGGGCCGGCCGGGUCAUCGGGCAGGCCGGCUCAGUCGGCUAUCAGGCCAGGCCAGGCCAGGCCAGGCCAGACACAGGCCAGGCCAGGCCAGGCUUCAGGCCAGCGGCCAGGCCAGGCCAGGCCAGGCCAACACAUGGCUGCGUCACAGGCAGGCCAGGCCAGGCCAGGCCAGUGCCAGAAACAGGCCAGGCCAGGCCAGUCAGCCAGUCAGCCAGCCAGUCAGUCACCGUCAGUCCCAGUCAGCCAGGCCAGCCAGCCAGCCAGCCAGGGCCAGGCCAGCCAGGCCAGGCCAGGCCAGGCCAGACACAACGCCAGGUGGCUUCAGGCCAGGUCACUUCAGGCCAUAAGGCUCAGCCAGGCCAGACACAACGCCAGCCUGAGUCAUCGGUCGGUCAUCGGGUCACCGGGUCAUCAUCGGGCCGGUCAUCGGUCAUCAGGUCAGGCCAGUCAGGCUCGGGUCAUCAUGGCCGGUCAUCGGGUCAGGCCGGGUCACGCCACUAUCGGUCAUCGGGUCAGCCAGUCAGACGUCAGGCCAGGCCAGGCCAGGCCAGGCCGAUUACCAGGCCAUUCGGCGGUCAGGCCAGGCCAGUCCAACACAUAGCCAGCCCGGUGACAAACACAGGUCAGGCAUACAGGCCAGGUCAGGCCAGCUCAGUAACAGGCCAGGCCAGGCCAGACAUCACGCACGCCAGAUCAUAUUGUAACAGGCCAGGCCAGACAACAAGGUACCAGGCCAGGCCAGCCAGGCCAGCUCAGGCCAGCCAGGCCAGGCCAGUCAGCCAGCGCGACAGGCCAUACCAGGCCAGGCCAGGUGACAUUGCACCGCCAGGUCAGGCAGGCUCAGGCCAAACCAGGCCGAAGGUCACACAGGUCAGGCCAGGCCAGGCCAGUCAGUCAGCCAGUCAGCCAGGCCAGUCAGCCAUAGCCAGCUCAGUCAAACAUGCCAGUCAGGCCAGUCAGUCAGCCAGCCAGUCAUGUCAGCCGUCACCAGUCAACAACAGUCAGCCAGCAUACAGCCAGUCAGUCAGCCAGUCAGCCAGUUCAGUCAGCUCAGUCAGCCAUCCAGUCAGCCAACAGGCCAGGCCAGUCAACAGUACAAGGCCGGUACCAGGCGUCAAUGGCCUACCAGGCCAGCGUCAUCAGGCCCAGGCCAGGCCACCGCGCUCAGGCCAUACCGGCGUCAGGCCAGGCCUCAGUCAGGCCAGUCGGUACCAUACCGCGCCCAGGCCAGGUCAUACCAGGCCAGGCCUCAAACCAAACCAGGCGCAGAUCAGCGCUCGGUACCAGGCCGUACCGGCUCCAGACAAACCAGUCAGCGCCAGAUUACAGCAGCCAGGGUCAGCGUCAUAUCAAAACAUGCGUCAGGCCGACACUGCGCUCAGUACCAGUCAGCCGGUCCAGGCCAGCCCGUUCAUCAACUGUAACACGUCAUCAGGCCAGUCAGUCAGUCACCAGUACGCCAGGUACCAGGCCGUUUGCGCCUCACGUACCGGUACCAGUACCAGGCCAUCAGCACAGGCCAGGCCAUCAGCCCGCCGCUGCCAGGCCUGCCACAGUCAACAGCCAGCAUCAACGUACCAGCCAACAGUACCAGGCCAGUCAGCCAGCCAGUCAGCCAGUCAUGCAGUCAGUCAAAUCACACCAGCAUCAGUCAGUCAACAGCUAUCAGUCAGUCAACCAGCUCAGGCCAGCCAGUCAGCCAGCCAGUCAAAACACAGGAUACAGACAGUCACGGCGCUCAGGCGCUCAUACCGGCGUCAGGCCAAAGCCGAAGAUCACAACGCCAAGGGCCAGGUCACACCAGUCAGAUACGACGCCAGUCAGCGGUCAUCAUCGGUCAUCAUCGGUCAUCAUCGGUCAUCGGUCAUCGGUCAGUCAGCCAGUCAUAACAGGCCGAACAGCCAGACUGCUGCGCCGCCGAACAGGCCCAGGUCAAACACAGGUCAGAUCAUACCGUACCAGAAACAGGCCUUCCGGUCAUUGCGUCAAGACAACGCCUGCGUCAUACCGGUGACCAUACCGUCGAAUUCAUACCAGCCAGUCAUCAGUCAGCCCAGUCAGUCAGUCAGGCCCAGUCAGUCAGCUCAGUCAGUCAGUCAGUCAACAGCCAGUCAUCAGUCAUACCAGCUCAUACCAGUCAUACCGGUACCGGUACCGUACCAGGCCUGUACCGGUACCGCAUCAUUGCGUCAUACCGUACCACCAGGCCAUACCGAACCACGCGUCAGACCACCGCGUCAACAGCUCGUGCCCAGGUCAUGA